GACGUCACCAGCAAGAGUCCAAGUCGCGCUACACUCAACACAGACACACAGUUCCAGCUUCCAGUGUCUUCUCACUGUGCUGCAGAGCCGAGGAGCCUGCAAUCCUUGCGUCAGAGAUGCGUACAACCAAGCUACAAGUCGAGCAACAGGAGUCGCCCGACAACACCACCACCCAAACUAUUCGCAUCAAUCAAGUCGGUCGCGGCGUCUUAAACAUCUCUCUCUUUGCUAGUACCGCCGUCGCGCUCUUAUUCGUCUCUUGUAUUGCAUUUCUCGUCUUCUACUUUCAAACGGUGCCGACGCAAGGUGUUGUUGAGGAGGUCUACCUACAAUACCAUCAGGGCAGCCACCCCUUUGCAUCGGUGGAUCUUGAUUUCUCAUCAGGCAAUGGUCUUGUGACGGGUCAAGCGUAUGAUGUGAGCAUUGAGCUGAUUGUGCCCACCUCCCAAGUCAACAAGGAUCUCGGCAACUUUAUGGUGGAUUUAUCCCUGGUGGAAGCAGGAUCAGAGCAGUCCGUUACUGCAUCAAGACCUGCAAUCCUGCGCUAUGCAUCGCCGUUUGUAAGUCGCCUACAAACAGUUGCUGGCGCAGGUCCUGUUGUCCUUGGCAUCAAAAAGGAGACAGAAGUCUUGCAUGUCCCGCUACUCGAGGCCUUUAGCUUUGAAUCCACCUGGCUCGCGAAUGCAGCAACAGCAGAGAUUCAAAUCCAAGCAACACGACCCUUACAAGUGUAUCGCUGUCGCUUACACUUUACGAGCAAGUUGACUGGCCUUGUUUGGUUCUUGCGACGCUUCAGGGUCUUGUCGUUUAUUGUCUUCACCAUGCUAUUCUAUAUAUCUGCACUUGCCUUCACACUGGGAACAUGGACUGUCCUCGCUUUCAUAUCUGGGAAUGGCAAUGCUGCUAGCCAAGACAAGGGCAAACGAUCUUGGGAUCAAGGGAAAGGUGCGCCAGGAUCCCUAGCAUCUUCCAUGGACUCGUCACGCGCAACAACGCCAGAACCAGAGGAAGUGGUAGAUUACACGGCUGGUUUCCCACGCGGCUUACCAGCAUCUGUUAUUGCGCAGUCUGAGCGAAGUGCAACGACUGCAUCGACGGGAGGAUUCUUUAAAUUUGAGGAAGGGACACGAGGCUCUUCUGGGCGUGCUCGUCGGCGAAGUAAAGGUAAAAAAGUUGCGCGUAGUGUCGAGAGUACUGCACCGACAUCGGUGGGUAGUGUGCGUGUGAAGGAGGAGAGUCUGUCUGAUGGAUCUGGCUGACUGCAUCUCAAGACAGCAAAUGGUGAUGAAGACAGUGUAUGAUAUGGAUUAAACAAGAAUUUUAUGUGCUUGCCUCCUUUGGCUCUGGCUCAGCAGCCGGUGCUGAGAGUUGCCAGGCGGGGAUGCCACCACUCCCAGCUGCACCACCUGAUGUGAAGCGCGAGAGGGAGUCUGGCAAGGGACGUGAUGUGGCUGCCUGUGUUGCUGUAGCAUUGGCAGCACCGUCGAGUGCAGGCGACUUUGCUGCAGUCUUGGCCAACGCCGGUGAACUUGCUGCUGUUGUUGCUGCUGCUGCUGGAGG